UAUAAUAUGGCAAAUGCGUUUUUCAAAAAUCGCAGGGUCUACCUGUUGACCUUGGUGGCUUACAUGGGCUCCUUUCUCUUCGGCUAUGACACUGGUGUCAUGGGCUCGGUCCUGGAACUGGAAAGCUUCAAGCACGACUUUGGCAUGGCGGCUUCGUCGACUGGCUUCAAGAAUGGCAGAAAUGCAGAGAUCUCGUCCAAUGUCGUAUCGUUACUCACCGCUGGAUGUUUCUUUGGUGCUCUCGCUGCACCCUGGUUGAACGAACGCCUGGGUCGCCGUUACUCUCUCAUGAUCUUCAGUGUCAUCUUCAUGAUUGGCGCUGCUGUACAGACCGGAGCUUCGCAUGCUAUCGGUACCAUCUACGGUGGUCGUGUCAUCGCUGGUCUGGGCAUUGGCGGUAUGAGCGCCAUCACACCUGUCUUUGUAUCCGAGAACUGUCCUCCCGAUGUCCGUGGUAGAAUUUCUGGCCUUUUCCAGGAGUUUCUUGUCCUCGGUGUCAUGUUCAGUUACUGGCUGUGCUAUGGUGUCAAGAAAAACAUGGCUCCCACAACAAUGCAAUGGCGCGUCCCUGUCGGUCUUCAACUCGUACCUUCUGGAAUCAUGUUUUGUGGUCUUUGGUUCUUGAAAGAGUCACCUCGCUGGUUGGCAAAGAAUGAUCGCCACGAUGAGGCUUUGGCAUCCCUGGCAUAUAUCCGCUGUGUCCCCACCGAUGAUCCUGAGGUCCUCCAAGAGCUUGCUGAGAUUCGUGCGUCUGUGGAAGAAGAGUUCUUGGCUACUGAAGGUCUCAGCUGGAAAGAGUGUCUGAAGCCUGGAUAUCGCGAACGCUUCGGCCUUGCNUUUUGCAUUAUGUUCUGGCAGCAAUGGAGCGGUACAAAUUCAAUCGGAUACUACGCGCCACAAAUCUUCGCUUCUGUCGGUCUUACAGGUUCAAGCACCUCGCUAUUCGCAACCGGUAUCUAUGGCACCGUUAAGGUCAUCGCUACAGGCAUAUUCCUCAUCAUCGGUAUCGAGCGUUUCGGUCGCAAGUGGCCGCUUGUUUCAGGAGCUUUUUGGAUGGCAAUCUGCAUGUUUAUCAUCGGUGCACUGCUUGUGUCUUACCCACCGGACCCUGAUGCCGGUUCUGUGAGCUCCCCUUCCAUCGCCAUGGUGGUCAUGAUAUAUCUUUAUGUUAUCGGCUACAGCGCUAGCUGNGGGCCCGUUCCAUGGGUAUACGUUGCAGAGAUCUUCCCGACGAGGUUGAGGGCGUACGGUGUUGGGUUGGCUUCUGCUACUCAGUGGUUGUUCAACUUUGUCGUCACGAAAGUUACACCUGCAGCGAUUAACAGCAUUGGCUGGCGCACAUUCAUCAUGUUCGGCUGCUUUUGCACAGCUAUGGGAGUGUUUGUUUUGGUUUUCCUCAAGGAGACCACUGGGCGUAGUUUGGAAGAGAUGGACCUUCUGUUCGGAGCUGUCACGCCUGAGCAAAGGNNGAAGAAGGAUGUUGAGUUGGCUGUCGCGGAGGAAUAUAAGGCUGAUCCUCAUGCUGAGCAUGUUGAUCGUGUUGAAGAACAGCAAGUUUUCAAGGACAGAGAUAUUAAGUAA